UUGUAAAUAUAUUCUUCCUACUUUUUGAUAUUUGUCCAGCUCAUUCUUUAUGGGGCAAUGUUAAGUUUAUCUUUUUUGAUCUUUCACUUCGUAGCUAUUAUCAUUAUUGCACACACAUAUCCACGUAACACAAAUCCUCAUACUAUCAAUAUGACCAUAUUAUGUUUGUUUAAUUAUCUUUAGUUUGAUAUAAAGUUGUUAGUGGGCAUAUAUUGGGUAUUUCAGAUUUUGGUGGGGUGAGGUUUUGGUGUGUGUACGUAAUAUGGGUUGCACACCAUCAAAGGAAUCGGUAUGCCGAAACUGCCAAUCUCAAUGCUCUCCUAUUCGAAGAAGCUAUUCCUCGUAUGGUGGCCAUUCUCCUCGUUAUGAUUCGGACAACCAUGGCCACCAUCUCGUGGCACUCACCUCCACCACACUUGGCUACCUUUUUCUGAAUCCUGACACACCUGAUCAGUCCUCCAAACCUAAUCAAGUGUGUCAGGAUCCGAUAGUGGAACAAGUUCUUGAUCACCAAGGACUUGUUCCACCAAAAGUCCUAGAGAUGAACAAUAAAGAUUUGCCAAUUGAGGUUAUCAAGAUCGAUACAUGGUCUAAGAUGAUCAACGAAAGUAACACGAAAAAUGUACCAAAAACUCCCAUUGGAACGCCUCCUGGUGAGCCGGAGACGAUCAAUACAUGGGAGUUAAUGGAGGGUUUAGAUGAUUCAAGCCCUUUACAACCACGUUUCAUUAAUGGUCACGUCCAUUGUUUCUCAUCCAAUACAACCCCAUUUGAUCAACCCAAAACUCCCUCACAAGAAAAAGUAAAUCUUUACAAUUCAAAUUCAAACUCGAAUGGUACAUCUAUGUCAUUGGAAUUUGGUAAGAAUAACGGUGGAGAUGCUAAGAAGUUGUCACAAAUUGAAAAGAAUGAAAUUAUAUUACAUAGCAAAGAGAGGUUGAUUUUAUACUUCACAAGCUUAAGGGGAGUUAGAAAGACUUAUGAGGAUUGUUGUCAUGUUCAAGCGAUUUUAAAGAACUCGGGUGUUCAUGUAGAUGAACGUGAUGUAUCAAUGCAUUCGGGUUUCAGAGAGGAACUCAAAAAUUUGUUGGGUGAUACAUAUGGUGGUAGUGGCGUGGGGUUGCCAAAGGUGUUUAUUGGGAGGAAAUACAUAGGUGGUGUCGAUGAAAUUAGGCGGUUUCAUGAUGGAUAUCAGCUUGAUAAGGUGUUGGAAGGUUGUGAACUGGCGGAUCAUGGCGGCCCUUGUGAAGCUUGUGGCAAUAUAAGAUUUUUACCGUGUGAGACAUGUUCUGGCAGCUGUAAGAUUUAUUACGAAGUUAAUUCCGAUGAAGGUGAGACAGAAGAACUAGAAGAAAAUGAUUAUGGGUUUCAAAGAUGUCCUGAUUGCAAUGAAAAUGGGCUUGUAAAGUGUCCAAAUUGUUGGGAUUAAUUUGUUCGUAUUUUUUUUUUUUUUAAAUUUCGUGAGUUUGUUUACUGUAUAGUAGCGUAGAGUUAUAUCUUUCUUACAUAUAAAGGUAUAUAUGCAUAUAUGGUGUGAUUAUUACAGUUUUAUAAGUUGUAUAAGGCUCAUGGUUAGUGACUUAGUGUUACUAUUUCCAUAGAAUGUAGAUUUUUGGGUGCCGUAUGUUUUUUCAUACACAAAAUGUCUGUAGUCUAAAACCGUAUAUGUAACAGAUGAUGUGGUUUGAAAAUUUGUAAUCCCUAAAUAAAUAAUAUUGUUUGUUUUAU